ACUGUUUUUAUAUUUUUACAAGAGUUAGAAUAAAUCAAACAUGGUUCGAAUUAAUGUAGUGGAGUUUUACAGUGGCAUUGGUGGAAUGCAUUAUGCAUUACAAUAUGCUGGCAUAGACGCCGAUGUCGUUUCAGCCUAUGAAAUUAAUACAACUGCCAAUGCUGUUUAUAAACACAAUUUCCCAAAUACAAAAGUUUCACAGAAUAAUAUCGAAGCUGUUACAAUUGCAGAUCUCGAAAAGCUGAAUGCUGAUCUCUGGACUAUGUCACCUCCAUGUCAGCCGUUUACACGACAGGGUAAACAAGAGCACUCUAAUGAUCCACGUUCGAAAAGUUUCCUCAAUAUACUUACUAUAUUAUCCAAAAUGAAAACUCCUCCCACUUAUAUUUUAUUGGAAAACGUCAAGGGAUUUGAAUGUUCAAAUACACGAAACGAAUUUGUAGCAGUAUUAAAGUCUCGAAAUUUUCUUGUGCAGGAGUUUUUACUGUCACCCACUGAUUUUGGAAUUCCUAAUUCACGAACACGUUAUUUUUUAAUAGCUAAGCAGCAACCAAAAAGUUUUACUUUUUCAUGUACACAGUUCCCUCUUCAAUAUUCUACUGAAACAAUCGAUCGAAAAAGGAUUCCUUGUAAAGAACAAAGUCUGGAUCAUGAAAAUUGUGUUUGUAAACAUACAGAGUCAGUUUUGAAUACUUUUAAGCAGAGGAAAUUAUCAGACUUUUUAUUUAAAUAUAAAUCAGAUGAUUUCUUGGUGAAGAAAGAAGUAUUGUUACGAUAUUUUCCUGUUCUUGAUAUAGUUCACACAGACUCCAUUCAAUCGUGUUGUUUUACCAAAGCAUACACAAAGUAUUACCAAGGCACAGGUUCUAUACUGACCCAUCAGUCAAGCAAUACAUUGAGAGAAGCAAGCGAAAACUUCAAAGAAGCUGAAUCAAAUGACGCAAAGUAUGAAAUACUAUCUAGACUGCAGUUACGAUUUUUUACACCUGAUGAAGUUUCACGACUGAUGUGUUUUCCAGAUAAUUUCUCAUUUCCUCCGAAUGUGACAUCAAAACAAAAGUAUAUGUUGUUAGGUAACAGUGUAAAUGUUUUAGUUGUUGGAAAUGUUUUUAAAUGGUUUCUUUUGAAUGAUUAGUGAUGAUAAUUAUUAAAACCACUAACCUUUUGUCUUCUAUAAGACUUUCUAAUAUUCUUUUUCCUCAGUAAUCUUUUGUUUUGAUAGUCUAUAAUCUUUUUGAUGGAAUCCAACAGCUUAUCUUGCUUUCUAAUAUUCUUCCUUGCUCAAUAAUACUUUCAUCCAAUACUCAUAUGCAAUCUUUCUUGUAUAACCCAACACCUUCUUAGCUAUAUUUACGGGGUCAGUGAUAUUGUCUUACUCUUUGUUCUAUAUGACAAUAAAUACAUGUUAACAAGUGAUGUUAAUAUUUAUCAAAUUUUUGUAGUCACAACUUGUACACAUAUACAAUAAUGAGAUCGUAUACAAGUCUUGUAAAACUGUUUGUCAGCAAAUUUUAACUUCAGUCUG